AUGAAGUAUCCCUCACUGUCGAAGUCUGAUGCCUCCCAUCAGGGUCUCAUAGUUGCUCUCAGUGGUGUGGCGCUACUUGAUCUUGGCGAGAUCUACGAUAGCAAUAUAUCAACAGUCUCUCAGCUGAUAACAUCGCGCUGCGUCGGUGGACUGGUUGGAUCUCUUAUCGGCGGCAAACUGUACGACACUUACAACACCCAGGUGGUAUCGAUCAUCAUGAUGUCUUUGACUUCCGUCACCGUACUCAUGAUUCCGAUUUCCCGAUACCUGGCAUUAGCGCAUGUCAUGGUCUUUUUCGAAGGGCUCAGCCAAGGUGCCUUUGGCACGGGUGCGAACGUGUGGGUCAUGAAGAUGUGGCCCCGGAACUCGAGCCCCGCGCUGCAAGCUUUUCACCUGGCAUUCGGCGUCGGCUGUCUCCUGGCGCCCCUCAUAGCCGAACCUUUUCUCUCCGCGUCAAACAACGGUAGUGCCAAUUCGACGAUACCGAUUGCCAACGUGACUUACAACAAUAGCGACGUCGAGCCGAUCAUACCUCUCGAAAUUGGGAACGAAACAGCGACCGAUGACCAAUACCAUAGCAGGGUGCACUACGCCUUCAGAAUAGCCAGUGGCUUCGAAUUACUCCUAGUGAUGUCUAUGGCCGCGCUUUACUUCAUCGAUAAUGCCAACUUCAAGACCGGCAGGACAAACUCGGUUUUACGAGGCGCCCCAGGAUCGCCUACCAGGAGACUCUUCUCCCGAGUAACGCUUGCAUUGCUGAGUGCGUACGUGUGCGUGUACGUGGCUAUUGAGGUGAACACGUCCCAGAUGCUGCCGGCGUUCGCUGUGAAAUGUGACUUGCACUUCUCGAGGUCGCUAGCGUCGCAGUUGGCCGCCGUUUACUUUGCGUGCUUCGCGGCCAGUCGUCUCGCGGCCGCGCUAGUAACGAUCAAGAUGUCCGCCUUUCACGUGUUGCUCGUCUCGCAUCUCAUCUUGGUGUUAACGGCAAUCGUAUUACUGGGACGGGGUUCCAGCAUCGCCAUCGCUUUAUGGUCCUCGAGCGCCCUCGCGGGAAUUGCUCAGGGACCGCUGAAUGCUGCGAUGACGGCUUGGGUGGCGGCGCACAUCAAUAUGAGCAACAAGAUGAUGUCGAUUGUGGCGGCUACCGGAGGACUCGGCUCCCUCUCACCUCCGCUCCUUGUGGGGCAGUUCAUGGACGCCAACCCUAAUGUGUUUUCGUGCGUGUUUUUCGGAGCGGUGAUGUUAGCUGUAGUGAUAUUCAUUGGCACUUUUUUUUAUCUGAGAAAGAUGCCCGGGGUAAAUACGACGAAGGAUCUCGUUGUGAUCGUCGAUGAAGACAGACCAGAUGAUGCUCCUACUGUCUAG